CGGACUGAGCUCCGUUCUGGCUGGCCUACCAGGGGAAAUGGAGCCUGGGCGUCAGAUGGCCUGGUGUAUGGGAGUGGGCAGAGACUUGACGAGGCCGAGAGGGAGGAGGCCGCUCCACCCCCAGUUCCUUAUGGGUCCUGCGGUGGCUCUUUGCUUUUCUACGUAGCAUCCUCGUUUGGGAAAAGCCAAGAAGUGGAAUAACGACAGGGAACUGCCAAACGGAGAGACGCUUCUCAUUCUCCGUUUGGGCGGGCAGCGCUCAGUCACUGACGUCCCAGCGAGCAGUGAAGGGCAAAUCGCUUUUGAAAUAGCGUGACAUUAAACAGGAAUGAUGGCAGCUUUGGAUAAAAUAAAAGCAAAAAAGACUCUGGGAACUGUUGAUUAUGUGGAGUCAUCUGAGUUUGCACAAGGAAUUUUGCCUACGAAGAAGGAUGUCAUUCAAAACAUGUUGUAUUUGUUGCAUCCAAAAAGGGCUGGCCAAGCACAACGAUCCAAAGAAGAUGCUGCCCAGUUGCUUGCUGAACUUUUGCAGGAACAUUGGUUGUUUUGCAAUCUAUAUACCAUAGCAACACAGAGCAUAAAGAAGCAUAUUCUGAAAGUGUAUGAAGAAUUCUCAAAAUUAUACCAAUCCAGAAAGCGAAGAAAAAAUGAGCUGUUUACCCAGAAAGCAGAUGACUUCAACAGGAGUUCAGAACAGCUUUUUGAUAUAUUUUGUACAGACACUGUUACACGAGAGAAAUUGGAGCAGUACAGCGGUGUGAAAAUGACAGAUACUGAAUGGAAAUUCCUUGAAGAUCAGAGGAAUGAAAGAAAAAUGUACUUUGAGGACUUCAUGGACAAGAAACAAAUGGAAACGAUAGAAAGACGAAGAAAGGUUGAGUCAUUAGAGCAUUUCAGGAAGAUUGCAGAAGAAGAGAAAGAAGCUUGUAAGCGUAAAGAAAUGACUUCAAACAGGGAUGAACAGCCAGUUGAAGAUGUUAAUAAUAAGAAUAAAGAUGACUCCUGUCUUGAACACAACAAAGGAAUUGGAAGUUUUUCAGAUAAAGCAAAAAGAAAGCGUCUGUCUUCUUGCUGGGUUACUGGGACAGCAACUACAACCACUUACAAUGAGUCAGUUCCUUCUGAAAGUCAGCAUCUACGUAUGAAUAUCAGAAAAGUCAGACCAGGAUUCUAUGAGACUUUUGAUAAAUACAAGAAUUGCUAGCUCAGUAUCUGGACUCUAUGGAAGAGAGAGUUACAGACUUAUAGGAGUUCGUAAAGUACCCAGAUCAUUUAGGAGUUGGUGUAGAUAAUUUUGUUGGGCUCCAUUAUUGUACAACAGCAACACCAAAGCAUUGGUAACAAUAGUCCAUGGAAAAGGAUAAGAUACCAGUCAUUUAGGUUUAUAGCAAUCUAUUCACAAGGAGUAAGUAUUAGUUAUGAAGAAGCUAUGCCAUUAGCAAAGGAAGUCAGAAGAUCCAGUGUUUGUAAGCUUAAAAAAAUCAAGUGAAUGUGAACAGGUUAAAUUCCAUGAGAAUAAUGUAAUCAACAAACUGCUUAGGAAGAUAAUGUUUUCUCCAUUGUGUACAGCAUUCAAAUCAGACUGAGCAUGCUAAAAACCUUUUGAUGAAAAUGUAGUAUGGAGGUCUGAGAAAGAAAAUAUGAAGAGCAAAUUAAUUAAAUAAUGUGUUUCCCAUUCCAGCUGUGCAUCUCUGGAGACUGGAAGACCAUAUCCAAUUCAUUAACAUAAGUAGAUAAAGAAAUGGCUACUGAAAGGAGCAUAAUACAUGGUCUUUGUGUAACAUUGGAAUAUUGAGGAUCACAAUAAACUACAAACUCAAACCAUGACAACUACAAUAGUGUCCCUUAAGGAAAAACAGUAAUUGGUCCCAGUGAUUCAGAAAGUGCUGUUGUUUUCUAGGGAAAAAAAUACAAUAAUACCUGUCUGGCCCUAAGAGAUGUAGUAUAUAUAACUUGCAGGUAAUACACUGAGAUUCAAAUGGUUUUGAAUCUCAGGACUAGGUAUUUGUAGAAAAAGAAAUGGGUUGCUUAAUUGACCUAAUAGAUAAGUAGUUGCUAAGAGACCCCUAUACUUUGGCAAACCAGUUCUAAUAACUUGUGGGAGAAAAGAGUCAGGAAUUUAAAACAGUGGCUUUAGAUAUCAUUGUGCUGGUGACAACUAUCUUUUCUGAAUUCUUAGCAAAUAUCUUGGUGGUAAUAAAUUAUGUGGAAAAGUGGUUGAAAGUAAGAUGUGAAGAUGCGUAAUACACAAUAUGAUAAAAUUAGAUGAACUUGCUUAAAGGUUUAACAAAAAAAGUCUCAGACUGAUAAUUUUAAAUGAGUGCACUGUGAUGUUUGCAACAACAGAAAUACCUAGCUACUUAGUCAUACCAACUGAAUUGUAAAUAAGUUGUUGAAUCUUUAAAGAUUUAAAACAUAAACAGUUUUAAUUCUUUAACUUGUAAUUCUUCAUAAAGUAGCUAGAUACAUAUUUUUUGUUUCAUUUCACAUCUAAAAGCUUUUUUCUGUAUUUUUGGCAUUGUAUUUUUCAUGUACUCCCCUAUAACUACAUGACCACUGAAAUACAUAGUAUACACCAUAGAAGUAAAUAAUAUGAUUAAAACGUCCAAAAUGGAUUUUAAUUAUAUAAUUGUUUUGUAAGGAAAGUAUUGAUUUGAAUGCUAAAAUACCAACAAAUAAUAAGAAAAGCAUUAUUGGAAUUAAGCAAACUGGUCAAUUUUAAUGCCUCUGGGAAGCCUACAAAUAAGAUACUGUAUGUUGGCAAUAACUCCUAUUACAGUUAUUCCCUCGAUACUGGUAUUCAGAGGCAUAAUAUAUCAUGGAAGAUGGCAAUGGCAGACUGCUGCUGCCAAGAAAACUAUAUGUAGUUCUCAGGAGUCAAGCUUUACUCUAAAUUUUGGAAUUUAGAGCCAUAUAACAUCUAAAUAUUCAUAUUCUGAACCUCCAAGAAUUUUUCGAAUCCUUUAAAGUCAUCUAAAAAAGUGGCUUGUUUUGUAAAAAUGAAUUUGUAUGGUUAAAUUAAGUGCUGUGUUAUGUGGAAUAGCUUCUUGAAUUUCCCACCAUUUACCUUCACUUGAUAAUCUCGAAUUCUGGUGUUAUAAAGAAGAAAACAGAAAAUUAGACUUGGUUGACAAGCUUAGUAAAUGGGAAAAACAAGACCUGGGUCUUACUUUUUCUUUGAAAAUCUUGAAGAUUAAGGAAUAUAUAAAACAAAUUGCUUGAGAUGUUUUUGUAUAGGAUGUAGUAUAAAAAAUUAGAAGAAUAAUGGAAACUGGGAGAACUGAAAUCUUGAGAAUGGGAAACAUGUACCUCCUAUGUUAAUUCAUUUAUAUGUACAUUUUACAACUGAAGUGAGGUGAUUCAGUAUGUUGGCUUUAUAUUCACCUUACUUGAGCAGUACCAUGAUCAGCUACAGAAUAAUCAGAUUGCAUGACCAAGACAGUUAAUCAUACGAAGUAUUAGAAGGCUCUUGGUUAACAAUUAGUUUUAAUUGUUAAUUUGUUAUAAGCUGGGUGCAGUUUUUUUCUGGCCAAGAAUAAAAUUGCUUAGCAGCAUUCUGAAUGUCUGCUAUGCUUUUCAUCAAUAUGUUAAAGCUUUGUGCCCUUUAUGAAUCUUUUAACAGGGUCAGCAUCUGCCUGAUCUAACUUUAACUGGGAGAUGGAUCUGUUCCAUUUGUCAAAAAUUUUCAAGCUGAAAAAUUUUACUCUCUCAAACCUCUGCAAUUUUUCCUAAUGUUGUUUUGAUUUCUAACUUGUGCAUCUGUUUCUAGUGCUGAUUCUGUCAUGUGAAUAAACAUCCAUGACUGCUGCUGUUUCA